GUGCGUCCCGAGACAUGGACUUCGCCGUCGCAGAUAUUCUCUCCUGAACCUCAGUGCAGUGUGUGCAGUGCGAAUAGUAGACGUGAACCGGAAAUGAAAAUUCGACAUUUCGCAUAGACGAUACGAAUCGGAACGCGACCGAGUGAACGAAACGCAAGCUACAAGUUCUCGGCGCAGCCGCUGGCGCGAGAGGGCGGCAGUAUCGUUUUAAACGUCGGUUCGUGUGGUCGCUUUUGCGGCGCUGUCUGUGAUUUUUUAGUGUAGCUCCAGUUAAUCCAAGUUAAUCUACAAUGGCUGACCAGCUAACAGAAGAACAAAUCGCCGAGUUCAAAGAGGCGUUUUCACUUUUCGACAAAGACGGCGAUGGCACCAUCACAACCAAAGAAUUGGGAACUGUUAUGAGAUCACUAGGACAAAACCCCACAGAAGCAGAACUUCAAGACAUGAUCAAUGAAGUAGAUGCAGACGGCAACGGCACGAUAGACUUCCCCGAAUUCCUGACCAUGAUGGCGCGCAAGAUGAAGGACACCGACAGCGAAGAGGAGAUCCGCGAGGCGUUCCGCGUGUUCGACAAGGACGGCAACGGCUUCAUCUCAGCCGCGGAGCUGCGCCACGUCAUGACCAACCUCGGCGAGAAGCUCACGGACGAGGAGGUGGACGAGAUGAUUCGCGAGGCCGACAUCGACGGCGACGGUCAGGUCAAUUAUGAGGAAUUCGUGACCAUGAUGACGUCGAAGUGAGCGGCGGAUAGUGUGUGUGUAAAAAGCAGAGUAUUUAAAUAUACAUUUUGUUUCAUGACACACAAUAUUACCAUCGUAUUGGACCUGCAUUUCUCUAGUGUUUGCGAUAAAUUAAAUAUUGUCAUCGUUUCAGUUUAAUUAAUUAUGAUGUAAUUGUAAUGGUAUGAUUAUGACUCGGGGCAGCGGGCCUCGUCCGCCGUCGCCUCAUUCUUUAUUUAGAUUUUAAAGUAUUCCGUUAAUUUAACGUUUAUGUAAGAAAUAUGUAACCGUAGCGGUACAAAGGGAACGAAUAGUUGCGUCGCAAUGUGAUGGUAUCGUGCAUGGUGUCGUCGGCUCAUUAUUUAUAUUUGUGUAUAUUUGUGAUGUCGUGGCGACGGGCGCCCCUGGGCCCGGCACCCCCAAACAUUUUAAAUGUUAAUUUUUUUCAAGUAUGAGAUAUUUAUAAAGUACGUGAUGAUAAAAGUUUAAAAAAUCCUAAAAAAAAUAUACAAAGCCUAUUAGUGUGUGAUUGCGUGCCGGCGCAGGCUAGCGGCCGCGGCGGCUGCCGGUCCGGCCACCCCGCCGGGCCGGCCACACCGCCGCCCGCCACGCCGCGCGCCGGCACCUCUAGAGGUCUUAUAGCGCUCAGUACGCCCACUCUGUACAUUAAUGAUCAUAAUAAAUGUUUAAAUUUAACUAACUCAAUAAACGAAUGAUUAGAUUUAUCGGUAACUGCAUUUGUAUCUGUAAAUGACUCGAUAAAUAUUAUAUUUCUAUUGUUGGUGAAACUUAUUCUAUCGAAACGGGAAGUAAUCCGCUCUGUUAUCUCUUACCACCCUCGAUUCAUUCUGUUAUUAAAUUAUACAAAAGACAUACUGAAAAUAAAUGUUUCUUCAUUUUUAGGUCAAUAAG